AUGAAAAGCACAAAAAAAAUUAUAUCAUCUUUUACCGAUGGUAUUGAAAAGUCAGUGGAAGCAUCUUUCUUAGUGAGCUUAAGAAUAGCGAAGUGUGGAAAACCGUAUACCAUCGGUGAAGAACUGUUUUUACCGGGAGCAAAAGAUAUGAUAACCUGUAUGUUAGGUGAACCGUCAGCUAAACAGCUUGAUAUCACAUCAUUGUUGAAUGAUACUGUUUGCAGCAAGAUUGAAAGCAAGGCAUUAAACGUUAAAGAAAAGUCAGUUGCUUAA